AAUUUGGGUUUUAGACUUUUAGGAACGAAAAUAGUCACUACACUCUAAAACCCUUAUUUGAACCUCAAUAACCACCAUUGAAAUCGCCAGAAAAAGAGGAGUGUGAGAGAGUCAGAGAACAGAGAGAAGGAGAGUUAAAAAUGUGGUAUAUGUGCGUAUUCUUCCAUAGAUUAUUAGAUUAUCGCAAGCCUGAAGUUGAAGCUCUUGCUGAGCUUUUUGGAGCUUUUGCAGAGGACAACAAUGGCGAAAUCCAAUCACUUGAGUGGAAACUACCAGAUAACUUCCACCCUGAUAACCCCUUCCAUUUCGUCAAUAUCCCUUCUGAGGAUAUUGCUCGCAACAUCGCCAAACGAAGCAUACUUGUAAAAGGAAUGUAUGAGAUAUGGGGGGAAGGAACUAGCUAUGAUCAGCUAGAGGAGGCUGUGAAUGCCUAUCCUGAUGAUAGGAAGUUGCCAUACUUGACGUCUGAAAAUACUUUCAAGAUAAAUAUUGACAGCUUUGGCAAGACCUUUUCUACCCAAGAGCAGAAAGAACUCCUCCAGAAGCUAGCUUUCAUUCCUUUUAAGGGUCGAGUGGAUCUUCGAAAUCCAGAUCAUAAUUUUUGGUUCAUAGAGAUUGAUAAAUACGAAGCUAAUAAUGGUCUGCCACCUAUUGUUGAAAAGAGAAUCUUCUUUGGGCGAGAGAUUGGUGCAGCAGACAGAAAACUCUUGCCUACAUAUCAGCUAAAAAGCAGAGUUUACAUAGGACCAACUGCAAUGGAUGCUGAAAUGGCAUUUCUAAUGGCCAAUCAAGGACUUGCUGCCCCUGGGAAGCUUGUUUAUGAUCCAUUUGUUGGCACUGGGAGUGUCCUAGUUGCUGCUGCACAUUUUGGUGCAAUGACAAUGGGUGCAGACAUAGAUAUAAGGGUGGUUCGUGAUGGACGAGGACCUGACCGUAAUGUUUGGAGUAAUUUUAAGCAGUAUGGCUUGCAAGAACCGAUAUCCCUUUUAAGGGCCGAUAAUAACCUUCCUCCAUGGCGUGCUGGACUUAAAGAGAUGUUUGAUGCAAUAAUUUGCGAUCCACCUUAUGGCGUUCGUGCUGGGGGACGUAAAUCUGGUGGUAGAAAGUUGCUCAAGGGUGUGGUGGGCCCUUACACAGUUCCUGACGACAAAAGAGCGGGCCACAUACCAUCGACUGCAGCAUAUAGCUUGGUUGAAUGUGUCCAUGAUCUGCUUGAUCUAGCUGCUAGGAUGCUUGUAAUGGGCGGAAGGCUUGUUUACUUCUAUCCUGUGCUAAGAGAGGAGGAUUCACCUGAUCCCACUUUUCCAGAACAUCCAUGUUUCAAACUGGUUGCUGUCUCUGAGCAAAUACUUAGUUUUCGUUACAGCAGGGUAUUAUUGACGAUGGUGAAGGUAGAAUCAUAUACUGAAAAAAUUGCUGACGCUGCUAAAGUUAUGCAUUUAGAUUUUAAGGCAAACCAUUUGAAGUGGUUAGAUGAAGGCAACCUUCAUUCUGCUGUCUUUGCUCCAGCUCCAACUAGCUACAAGCAGGGAGAAAAUGGGGAAUCAAAUUUCUCCAAAGAAUUGAAGCCUAAAUAUCGAGGGAAAUAUGUUUAGGGUACAUGAUUUUAGGUGUAUCUCAGAUGUUGUAGCCCACUUCUGACCCGCAUGGUUGCUCUUAAAGAUUCUAUUUUUACCUGACCUGUUCAUCAUUUUUGUUAGCUUUGGGAGUGAAUGAACUUAACUUUAGCUCAUACUUUAGUGUUAAGGGUGCUUCUAAUAGACAUGAGAUGUGUGUAUUUUGAUGCUGAACUUGCAAGUGAUAGCCACCAUUUUUGUGAAUUAUAACUUUGUAUUUCAUCUUCCUGUGUUUUCAUUGACAUUAUUUCGAUGUUCGCCUUGGGGAUAUUUGAUUGCA